UGGGGUGGCGGCGGCGCGGCGACUCGGGCGUCGGGGGACGCGGCAGGCGGCCGCCCCGGAGUGAAGUUCAGAGGCGCCCUGGCGGGGAGGGGCACUCCAGGCGGGGACGUGCGCAGGUGAUGACCGCGGCGGCAUGGAGUUCCCGGAGCACGGCGGGCGGCUGCUGGGCCGCCUGAGGCAGCAGCGUGAGCUGGGCUUCCUGUGCGACUGCACCGUGCUGGUGGGCGACGCGCGCUUCCCGGCCCACCGCGCCGUGCUGGCCGCGUGCAGCGUCUACUUCCAUCUCUUCUACAGGGACCGGCCCGCGGGCGGCCGCGACACGGUGCGGCUCAACGGCGACAUCGUCACGGCGCCCGCCUUCGGCCGUCUGCUGGACUUCAUGUACCAGGGCCGCCUGGACCUGCGCAGCCUGCCCAUCGAGGACGUCCUGGCCGCGGCCAGCUACCUGCACAUGUACGACAUCGUCAAGGUCUGCAAGAACAGGCUCCGGGAGAAGGAGCGCGCGCUGCCCCUGGAGACGCCUGCCCCUGGGACAGAGCUGCCUGGCCAGCCCCCAGGCCCCUUGUCUGCCUGGUCCCCUGCACUCUGUCCAGCCGCCCAGAAGGCCAGGCUCCCUCCUGCUGGGGUCAAGGCCACCCGCCCUCCACUGGCACUGGGGCCUCCCCCCUGGCAGGCUCCUGGAGAGUCAGACCGGGCCCUGGACCUGUCGCUGAAGCCUGGCCCGCGGCGGGAGCCAAUCCGCCCACCCUGCGUCCUCCAGACCCCCCCUUGCAGCCGGAUGCAGCCAGGGGCCCAGACGAUCGUGAAGGACGAGUCAGACUCACUGUCCGAGCAAGAGGACAGCAGAAGCCCUCGGUGCCCCCACAGCCCCCUGCAGCCACCCUGUGUUCCUGCAGCCCAGCACCGGGCCGGGGGCUUGGAGCCGCUGCCCGUCAGCGAAGUGGGCAGUGGGGAAUUGGCGCUGGAGGCAGAGCCGGGGGCGAUCAAGGAUGUGUUGCGGCCGGCCGGGCGCCUCUGCCUCUGCCCGCUGUGCGGCAAGCUGUUCCCCAGCGCCCAGGCGCUGCAGCUGCACCUCAGCGCCCACUUCCGCGAGCGGGACGGCGGCCGCGCCCGGCUCUCACCCGACGGCGCAGCGCCCACCUGCCCGCUCUGCAGGAAGACCUUCUCCUGCACUUACACGCUGAAGAGGCACGAGCGCACGCACUCGGGCGAGAAGCCCUACACGUGUGUGCAGUGCGGCAAGAGCUUCCAGUACUCGCAUAACCUGAGCCGCCACGCCGUGGUGCACACGCGCGAGAAACCCCACGCCUGCCGCUGGUGCGAGCGCCGCUUCACGCAGUCGGGGGACCUCUACCGCCACGUCCGCAAGUUCCACUGUGGCCUGGUCAAGUCCCUGCUCGUGUGACCUUCGCUGCAGGGGUGAGGGUGGAGGGAGGGGCGGAUGGAGUGUGAGGGGCCGGAGCUCAGCAGGUGAAGCCCCUGAGGCUGGGCCCGCCGCGGGGAAAGAACCCUGCUGCCCCGGGAACGCGGCCUCAGACUUGGGCUGACGGGGAGCCCCACGGACAGCCCUUCUCCAGCCUCGCGCCUCCGCCAACUCCCUCCUGCUCCCGGACGUGCCCUGACCGGACACCGUCGUCCUCUCCGCCCCCUCAGCCAGUCCCGAGGAGUGUCGCCAGCUCGAGGAGGCCCAUUGAGCCUCCACCUGGGGCUUUCCUG